AAAACUUUGGGAAACCGUGCUCAUGACCUGCCUUUUUCGUAGGCUGGAGAUGCGUGGAGUGACACAUCCCAGCCUUGGCUCCCCAGGACCCGCUUUCAUGGCGAGAGCAUCUACACUUCAGCCACCUCUUCCUUGCUGAGCCUCAUUCAAGGCGGAGCGGCUGCUGAAGCAGGAGGGGAGUUGUCUUCCGACUUUGGAGGAGCAGCUUCGGCUCUGGGAGAGAGCUCGCCCUUCCUCCUCCUGCUCCCCCAUCCUUUCCAUCCUUCUCCGUGGUCUCCUUCCCCGAUGGAGCCAGCCUUGGCUUUCCUGGCGCUGAGCGGAUGCCUCUUGGCCAGGGCGCAGGAUGACCUUGAUUAUACCAUCACAAUGGAGGAACAGAUUCAUCUUCUGUUGGAGGCCAAAGUGCAGUGUGAGCAAAAUAUUUCUUCUCAGCUACAAGCAGAAGGAGGAAGUGAUUGCUUUCCAGAGUGGGAUGGGCUCAUCUGCUGGCCCAGGGGGUCAGCUGGGAAGACAGUAGCUGUCCCCUGCCCUUUCUAUGUCUAUGACUUCAAUCACAAAGGGAUGGCGUUCAGGCGCUGUAGUUCAAAUGGAACGUGGGCUUACGUACAGAGUUUAAACCGAACGUGGUCAAACUAUUCAGAGUGCCUUCGCUUCCUGCAAGCAGAAAACAGCCCAGGAAAGAGGGAAUUCUUUGAACGUCUCUAUAUUAUGUACACAGUUGGGUAUUCCAUCUCUUUUACGUCUUUGGCUGUAGCAAUUUUCAUCAUUGGUUAUUUCAGGAGGCUCCACUGCACCCGGAAUUAUAUACAUCUGCAUUUAUUUGUCUCAUUCAUGCUCAGAGCUACCAGCAUUUUUAUUAAAGACAAAGUAGUUCAUACACAUAUAGGAGUGAAAGAACUUGAUGCACUAUUUGUGGGCGACCUGCAAAAUGUUAUAGUGGCUCCAAUCACAGACAAGUCUCAGUACGUGUGGUGCAAGAUUACUGUGGUGAUGUUUAUUUAUUUCCUGGCGACCAACUACUACUGGAUCUUGGUUGAAGGCCUCUAUCUGCACAGCUUAAUAUUUGUGGCUUUCUUUUCGGAUACCAAGUACUUGUGGGGAUUUAUCUUGGCAGGCUGGGGGUUCCCAGCUAUCUUUGUAGUGGCCUGGGCAGUGGUUAGAGCAACAGUGGCAGAUGCAAGAUGCUGGGAGCUCAGUGCUGGAGACAUAAAGUGGAUUUACCAGGCUCCAAUUUUAGUAGCUAUUGGGUUAAACUUUGUCCUGUUCCUGAAUACUGUACGGGUUUUGGCAACAAAAAUCUGGGAGACAAAUGCUGUUGGCUAUGACACAAGGAAGCAAUAUAAGAAACUAGCAAAAUCCACAUUGAUUCUGAUCCUUGUCUUUGGUGUGCACUACAUUGUCUUUGUAUGCCUGCCUCACACAUUUACUGGGUUGGGCUGGGAGAUCCGUAUGCACUGCGAACUCUUCUUCAACUCAUUCCAGGGUUUCUUUGUCUCCAUCAUCUAUUGUUACUGCAAUGGAGAGGUGCAGUCUGAGAUCAAGAAGACAUGGACGAGGUGGAACCUGGCCAUCGACUGGGAGAGGCCAGCGCCUUGUGGCAACUAUCACUAUGGCUCUGUCCUCACUAACAUGACCCAUAGCACCAGCAGCCAGUCCCAGAUGGUGACCAGUUCCCGCAUGGUACUCAUUUCCAGCCGGGUUUGCAAAACUGUUCCCCAGCGGAAUGACCCGCAUGUAAUUUUGCCUGGAUAUGUUAGGAGUAACUCAGAACAGGACUGCAUCCCUCAGUGGGUUCCUGAAGAGGCUGAUGAAGAUGAAGAGAAGAAAUUGGAUGGCAUUUCACUCCAGAAGCCCCAUAGGCUUCAGGACAAUCAUGUAGGUUCCCGUGAGGAAGAGGAGAAAAGGGGAGAAGUAGAGGCAACACUUUAAUAAACAAGAAUGUUUUUACAUGAAGGGAACAGGCCUAGUAUAAUAUCAGUGGAACCCUCUGUGCACAGGCAACAAAGGUUUCUAUCAAACUUAGUCAUCAUGGGUCAUUCUCAGAGGCUUCCUUAGUGAUACAGCUCACUUUUGUGAUGCAGUGUUGAGUUGAUGUUCACUUGGCACAGGGACAUUUACUCUGUUUCUGAUCCAAGACAUUUCCAGCUCCAAGAACCUGGGAAAUGUUCUACAUCCAAAGCAUAUAAUCUUCCAGUGGACUAUGGUCACCCUUUGCAAGCAUUUCUGAACUGCAUGGUGCAGUUCAGAGGCACAAUAUCAUGAAAGCAUCAGGGAAUUCAAGUGAAAGUAGAACUGAAGAAGUGGAUUUGUUCUUAUUAAACCUAUAGGAAGUUCAGGCAAAAUACAAUGGACCCAUGGUAUCCACGGGUAUUUGGUUCCAAGACCUCCUUUGGAUACCAAAAUACAUGGAUACUCAAAUCCUGUUUAUGUACAAUGGUGUAUUAAAAUGGUGUCCCUUAUUUAAAAUGGCAAAAUCAAGGUUUGUUUUGGGGGUUAAUUAUUUUGGGGUUAAUUAUUUUCAAGUCAUGGAUGGUUGAAUAUAUGGAUGCAGAAUUUAUGGAUGCGGAGAGGCUACUGUACACACUUAAAGGCAUCUUGCAUCUGUCACUGUUUCAAUUCUAAUUUCUUUGAUCAACAGUCCCACAUUCUUAUAUUUUAAGAAUUAACAAACUAACUCUCAUAUCCAUAUUACUUCCAUAUUAUGACAAAUGGUUGUCAAUUAAAAAUAUGAUUAUUUCUUAUUCCAUUAUUGCACAGACCCAGAAUCUUUAAAUGAAAUUAGUUCUAUGGUGAUACAAUGUAUAUCUACAAUUUAUCUAUAAAAUAUUACAGCCACUAAGUGGUACAAUACAGAUUAACUAUGUUGUUAAUUUUUCACCAGUUCUUCAUUACUCCCCAGCAAGAUCAUGUUAUUGUUAGGUGAUGCCAACCUGGUGGUCCAUUGAAGUACACAAGGCGGUUUAUGCCAUAAUACAAAGUGCAAAGUUCAAUGUAAAACCUAAAUACAGCAUUGAUAAUUAUUAACACAAUCACUGUGAUAUUCACAACAAAAAUAUAACAUUGGAAAAUCCUACAUUGAUAAAACUGUCUUCACUGCCUGCAGAAAAACAGUUUGUACAGCUGUGCUUCAGUUCAGUCCUUUCCUUUCUCUAAAUGAUUUAAAUCUUCAAUUUAAUCUUAUAUAAUGAGGUACAUAAAUUGUAAAUUAUUUUUCUGAGGAAUCUUAAUGCUAGAAAAAACCCCCCCAGAAUUGAAAGUAUAUUCGUUUCAACUGCCAUUAUCUUCUCAGGACCAUUUCCACUUCAACAGCUUACUAACAUCCUUUUUUAUAUUUGUGAUUUAAUCUGAUUUUCCAGAUUCCAGUUCAUGACAUUAGAGUCAUUGCAGCUGUUUUUAUAUGAAAUAUUGUAAUUAAUUCCCUAUCCAUUUGAAGCCAAAAAGUGGUGUAUAAGGCUAGUACUGGAAACAAUUCUUUGUUGUUGUUGUGUGUGCCUUCAAGUCAUUUCUAACUUGUGGCAACCCUAAAGCAAAUCUAUUGUAGAGUUUUCCUGGCAAGAUUUGUUUGGAGGAGGCUUGAUCUUGCCUCCCUUAGAGUGGGUUUCUAUGGCUGGUUUCUAGAGUCCAACACUCAAACCACAGCAUCAUUCUAUCUCUAACAAUUCUUACCUACUUCCAUGUACCAGCGGGGAAAAAAUGAGCCAAUGCCUUUUUACAGUAGUGAAAACAAGCAAUGGGAGCAGAUAGAGGUUUGUCACUUGCAUUUCCCCACAAUAAAGUGUGAAUCAGCUGCCGAGAGUAAGGCUUUGUACUGGUGCCAUCACUUUACUCAAACAAGGACCCUGGGAUGAGUACCUUCCAAAACAAUAACUGCUUUGUUUUGUGUUUUGUUUUCUUUUAAAGCCUGACAUUUUAUUUUGGAGAACCGAACAUGGAAAUGAGCCACUCAAAUUUAAAUGUAUGUUGAAUUACUUUUUGUGUGAGAGAAUUAUGCAUACACCUGAGAGAUGAACUCAAUUUGAUAGCAGACCCAGGAUCACCCCUAAAUUGCUGAAAAGUAGGGAAGAAGAGCUCCAUUCUCCUACCUGGAGCUUCUUGGCUUCAUGCCUCUUACCUUAGCUUUUCUCUAAGAUGGUUUCCCAGAUAUAUGCCUGAUGCAACAUAAAGAAGGGUGCAAUGGAAAAGCUGUGGAAAUGGACCAGAUAUGCACCCCCUUCCCUGUUGACUACUUUUUGCCUUGGUCACCCUCUACAAACAGCAGGCAGUUUUUCUGCAUCUGCCUCUAAGCAACUAAUUCCAUCAGGUUUCUUUUAAUAGUGUUUCAUUUUGUCAACAUUGGGCACAAGCCUGUAAACACAAUUCUGAUAUCUGUUUAUUCUCUCAGACUUGCUGGCUUCUUGUUUGUUCAUUUAGCUGUGGUUGUGUGUGUUUACAAUUUGUAGCUGCCUAAAUUUUCAACAGACCAAAUCUGCUUUAUGCCUGACCAAGUGCAUAAAAUUGAAUGUUAGCGCUCAUACUGCUGUUGAUUAAUGUAUUGAACUAAGCAAACAUUGUGAAGUGGUGUGAGAUACAUUAAAUUAUUUGUAAUUUCUA